AUGCUAAUUUACGGUCUUAUAUUAGAAAGUGCUCGAGAUGGUAUUUGCGUAUUUUACGGUACUCAAACGUGGAAACGUGUUGUACAAGAAUUAGGUCUACCUCACGAUACAUUUGUUUUUGCUGAACGAUACGAUGAUCGUCUGUUAGAACGAAUUGCUCAAAGUAAGUGUAAAGGCACUAACUUAAUUUUUUUGUACAUUUUGAUCUAAUCAAGCUAUUCAUCAGAGAGUACUCAUUUAUUCUGUAAUUCUAAACGCAACCAAUAUCUGUUGAAAUUCAAGCGAACAACGCCGUACAAUAUAAUGUUACAAUUCCGUAAAAACGAUCGGGGAAUAAACUGACGCUUUCAAAAAUUCGAACGUUCUCGAACAGAACCACCCUUACACGAAAGAACAAUAAAACCGACUAAAAAACGGUUGCUGUUUCAGCAAAAAGCCACCAUAAACCGCAGAUUUGCGACAAAAAAUCCGCUCAAAUGAGACGGUUUGUGUUUUGAAUCGAAUAGACGGUUUCAACCACGAUUCUAUGUGGCUCAUAACCGUUCGUAACUGCGGUUCGGUACCUCGUAAAAAAACCAGUAGUUAACUUAUCGAAAACACGGUUUCUGCGGUUUAUAACCGUUUCAAAUCGGUGUAACAGGGUGUGAAUUGAAGCCAUUUAACACUUCAAAACCGCUUUCAAUUGCUGCUAAAAAUUGAAAGAAACCAGAAGAAAUAGAUGACAGUUUCUUUGAUUUUCUCUUUGCUCUUUGCCUCUCUUUCUCACUGUUAAUUCUCUAUGACAGUCUAAGACAAUUCUUACAGUUCUCCAUAGUUACGCAAAAAAAAAAGAUGGAUAAAUUCAAGAAGGACUGCCAAAAAACAAGAUCUUCCGUUCGUCGAAUUAGUAGCGAUUGCAUAUAUGCUUUUCUAACUGAAAGGACCCUGUCGGAUUCCAGAAGUAUGUCGGAAUAUAAAGUUAUAUAUCAGGUUUUGUAGAGCUUCUCGCGACGAAUCUAAAUCUGUAUUGGGUUUCGGUUAAUACCUUCUGGUUACCGAGAUCUGGGUGUCACAAUGUUUUUGGUCUUUAAUCGGUGUUGAUGUAAGAGGAAGAGUCGAGAUUCGGUAAUGUAGUACAAUGAGAUGUUGUCUUACCCAUAUUCUUGUAAAGUACACAAGUUGUACUAUAUACUGAUGAUUUUAUAUUUUUAUUGAAAUUUAUUCUAUAUUCAAAAGAAGCAGUGCUGGCUGUGAAUUUAGGAAAAGUGAAACUCAUACAUUUUACUAACUUUAAUUUGUGAUAUUGAUAGCUCUAUAAUAUAGAGCUAUAGAUACAGAUAAUCUUAAAAACUAAAACGAACCUUUUUCUGGAAUAUAUCUCAAUAGACAAUACAAAUUGUGUACUUUAGAUGAGUAUAGAAAGUGGAAAAGGCCCUUCUCUAGUUAUUGUAAUUUUAAGUCGCGAAGUGGGCAGAAUAUAGAAUAAAUUCACAGCAGCACUGCUUCUUUUGAAUAUAGAAUAAAUUUCAAUAAAAAUAUAAAAUUUUGUCUUUCCUUAUUUUGUUCUUUAAAGAGAAAUAACGUUCUAUAUACAUAUACACGAACUAUGCUGUACCACGCAAUCGAUUAUACUGAUUCCGAAUAUACAAAAAUCUGAAAGAAAAAUCUAAUUUUGAUUUAAUCUUAUUUUGAUAUUUUUCAUUUCUACUUUAUUUCAUUUUAUGUGAUUAUUCACUGAAUAAGUAAAGUUUGAACACACGUUGUCUCUGAUUACCUUGACCCGAAGAGAAAGCCGGGAAGUCAUGGUAGUCAAAAAGAGUUUAUCUAGCUGCUGCAUAUAAAAGAAGUAUGAUUUGUUAAACGUUGAUCACCAAUAUUGAGAGCCACAUAUCUCAAAAACUAGAAGGGAUCUUUUUCUAGAAAAUACAUCAGUAUAUAGUACAACUUGUGUACUUCAAACUAGUAGAAAAGGUAGAAAAGGAUCCUCUCUAGUUAAUUUAAUUUUAAUUCGCGAAGUUGUUAGAAUACAGGAUGAGCACUGCUUACAUAAUAAAUAAAUAUCUAGAUUAAAAUAGAAAAUUUGUUCUUUUCUCGUUUUCUUGAUUGCUAUGUUUAGUUCUAUAAGCGCGAAGAAGGAAGAAAGAUCAAACAGAUCGCUUUCUUUGACGUUGGAAGGUGAACUAAGUUGUACUGUACUGCAGGAAAACGUGAAAUCUCAACACGAAGAACCUAGAGUAAAAGUCACAAUUGCCUUAGUGGGAUCUUUUCGAUGUACAACGUAAUUGACUAUUAAUAUCUAGACUCCCAAACCACUUUUCUUUAGAAAAUAAUGAUCAAACUGUCAUAUGUCAGUGUGGAGACAUAUCCCGAUCGAGCAUACUUUCUAAUCGGGAUAUAUAUAUCCCGUUCUGGAUGUCCUAUUUUACAGCAAAAGUUUUUUUUUAAAUAAUAAAAAGAAAAAUAUUUUUGUUGGUUAGUGUAAUUUCUAACUUUCACAUUAACAUGUUUCUCAUCAAAUGUAAUUAGUCUUUAAGGGAUAUUGCCCUACCAGGCAUUAUGAGUAUAAAUGAGUUUUAAACAAGUUGUGGUUCACUUACAAAAAUAUAAGGCAGUUUAUCUGCACGAAUCAAUAGUUGGAAAAUUCCCCGUUAAACACAAAGCACGUGUACUUAUAUGUUGUCAUGAGAAAAGAAAUAUGUUUCAAUAUUUGCGUUUAUCGAAAACGAAGAAAUAGAAAAAGACGGUCGUGUGGAAAGCGAUUAGAUUAAGAGUACAUUUUAUUCUGAGCAAUAACAGGUUAACCGUCUAUUUCCCGAUAUAAAGUCGAUUAAAAUUUGUUAAAAAUUUGUAUUCGAAAAAAUAGUUGCUGGGUGCUUGAUGCAAUUUUGAUCAAACACAACAGAAUCCGAUGUAGUUUUUCGAGCUCUUUCUAAUGGUGAUGUCAAUUUUUCCCCAAAACGUCAUAAUUUUCCCCCUAAUCGUUUUUACGACGAAGUUUUGUGUUUUAUAUCCCGAUCGGGAUAUUAAUUUUUUUCUAUAUCCUGAUCGGGAUAUAGAAGGUGUCCCCUGCUGUAUGUUGUUUUGUUCCUUUUCGUUCCACAGUAUAAUUCAGCAGCAUCAUGAGUCAAUUCUGUUAUUAGUCUGUGUAAUAUUUGAACAGACACCGGUGGCGAAAAAUCAUUCUUAUUAUUUGUUUAAGACCAUAUUAGGAAGUGAUAAGGCCCAAGAGAAUAUAUAUAUUACCUAUAAUUAAUUAGCAUAGUUAAUGUGUUCUCUGAUGUGUUAUAUAUAAGAGUUAAAAAAAAAGAUCUAUUGGAAAAAAUGAAUAAAAUGGAUAAGAAAGAUAGAUUUUAUAUAUUUUCUCGAAAAAUCACAGAGGAGCAUUUCUCAUUAUUCUACAAAUGAUCCAAAUGCUUCGCUUGAUCCGAUCGAUUCCUUCAUAGUUUUGACGGUAUCCUCUCAUUUCGUCCCCUCUCGUUUAGGCAUGUACCAAUACCAAUCGUUAUUGGAGAUAUUGUACAAUACUAUUGGGUAUCCAAUAAUAUUCGGAUCCAAUAAUAUUGGUCACCCAAUCUAUUGGAACCAAUAAUAUUGGUCACCCAAUCU